ACAAUAAACCUGCUAUAAUGCGAGCAUAUAAAGCUGCGGAUGCUUCAAAUGAUGGCUACGUUCAACUUGAAGAAUUCGGUCGUCUUAUUGAUCUUCUUCAUUAUUAUAAUGAGCUAUACGAAAUUUUCCAAAAACUUGAUGUAGAUCAUGACAGACGUAUUACUUUUGAAGAGUUUAAGAAGGGGCAUAAACUCAUUAAUUUAGAGGGACUUUCAGAUGAAGAACUUAAAGAAGAAUUUAACAAGAUCGAUAUAAAUAAGGGUGGACUUAUUCUUUUUGAUGAGUUCUGUAUUUACGCGGCCAAAAGAAAAUUAUUAAAAAAAGAUUUUUAA